AAGAUUGGAGUUAAGUUCUAAGACUAUCCCGCCCACAACCAUGCAACGCCGAGAGCUGCUAGUCGGCUGCUUAUCUCUCCGAUUAGCGAGCGCAACAAGCCGUUAGGGUUUGCGCGGACAUUUCGACUUACACAUCCGAUUUGUUCUUCUAGAUCUUCGUCGUCGGAUGGCUUUUUCAGCUGCCAUUUCCUCUGCCAGUUCUUUUACCCCGCAUACUCUAAAUGCCUCGAGCCUUCGAAUCGAAUUCAAGUUCUCAACCUGCUGCCUAUCUCCGGUUUCUUCUCUGCGGAUUUCAUCUCCACUUAUUGCUUCUAGAUGCGGAGCUCGAACUUCAGUUUCAGAGCGCAGAAGGGCGGCUUGUGUGGGAUUUUGGGCUUGUUCCCAAGUUGGUGCUGCUGGAUCCAAUCCUUUGUUAAAGAAUUUAUCUGAUUUCCAAGAUUCAUGUUGGAGAUUUUUAAGGCCACACACUAUUCGCGGGACAGCUUUGGGAUCCGUAGCUUUGGUUGUAAGAGCUUUAAUAGAGAACCCUGCUCUAAUAGAUUGGUGGUUGAUAUUCAAGGCAUUAUAUGGGCUUAUAGCUCUUAUUUGUGGCAAUGCUUACAUUGUGGGGAUUAAUCAGAUUUAUGACAUUGGAAUCGACAAGGUUAACAAGCCAUAUUUGCCGAUAGCUGCCGGAGAUCUUUCAGUGCAGUCUGCUUGGCUUUUGGUCUUGUUUUUUGCUUCGGCCGGCAUACUUAUUGUUGUAUUCAACUUUGGUUCGUUCAUUUCUUCUCUAUAUCUUCUAGGUCUUUUCCUUGGCACUAUCUAUUCUGUUCCUCCUUUUAGACUGAAGCGGUAUCCUGUUGCAGCAUUUCUCAUCAUAGCCACGGUACGUGGUUUUCUUCUCAAUUUUGGUGUUUACUAUGCUACUAGAGCAGCGUUGGGCCUUUCCUUUAAUUGGAGCUCUCCUGUUGCGUUCAUCACAGCAUUUGUGACAUUAUUUGCAUUGGUCAUUGCCAUAACCAAAGAUCUCCCUGAUGUCGAAGGAGACCGUAAGUUUCAGAUAUCAACUUUCGCGACUAAGCUUGGCGUCAGGAAUAUAGCGCUGAUUGGUGUCGGGCUAUUGCUAGUGAACUAUGUAACUGCUAUUUUCGUAGCACUUUAUAUACCUGAGGCUUUUAGAUGCAGUAUAAUGAUAUCUGCGCAUGGCAUGUUCGCAUUAGGCUUGAUUUUCCAGGCAUGUGUUCUGGAACAAGCAAAGUAUACCAAGGAAGCCAUACUGCAAUUCUAUCGAUUUAUUUGGAACCUCUUCUAUGCAGAAUAUCUCAUUUUUCCUUUAAUAUAGCCAAAGCUAAUAUGAUAUUUCAUGUCUUCUAACUGUUUGUCUUUAUGUUGGCUCUUCUACAAUUUGUUGUAAGCCGGAAUAAUUUUUCUUUAAUCAAAGGGCUCACCAAUAUGAUCAUGAUUGUAACUUUGUACUUGAUACAUGAAUACCUUGUUGAUGCAA